GUCUCCCAACCAAGAACAAUCUGAAAACCCACCCCAUAAUAUUUAAAAGCUGGGACAAAGAAGCGUCAGGACGAAGCUGCUUCCAUUGCAAAACGUCAGCGCAGCCUCCCGAGCGGUCCGCCGCCAGAGUCUGGAGCAGCCCCUUUAAAAAAGCGGAGUACAGUAUUGGGAUUUUUGAAAACUGAAACCUAGAAACAGAAUCGAAGCGGAAACCAGAAGGAAAGCCUUGAACUCCUCCAGACAAUUGCUUCCGGGGAGUUCCAGGAGCGCGAGGGGGAAUAAAGGGCCCGCGAGCAGGGCCCCUCGGAUGGCGCGUCCCUGAGGGUCCAGACGAAUUCGAGGCGCGUGGGAAGCAGAGGUCCCUACCCUCUCCCUGGGCUGCAGGUCAUGGCCACCGUGGAGCAGAAAGCCCUCGGCAUUGGCUUCAAGUGUCUCUCCUUGGCCACUUUUGUGCUCAUCUGCGCCGGGCAAGGGGGACGCAGGGAGGAAGGGGGUCCAGCCUGCUACGGGGGAUUUGACCUGUACUUCAUUUUGGACAAAUCAGGAAGUGUGCUGCACCACUGGAAUGAAAUCUAUUACUUUGUGGAACAGUUGGCUCAUAAAUUCAUCAGCCCACAGCUAAGAAUGUCUUUUAUUGUCUUCUCUACUCGAGGAACAACCCUAAUGAAGCUAACAGAAGACAGGGAACAGAUCCGUCAGGGCCUAGAAGAACUCCAGAAGGUCCUGCCAGGAGGAGACACUUACAUGCAUGAAGGAUUUGAAAGGGCCAGUGAGCAGAUUUAUUAUGAAAACAGUCAAGGAUACAGGACGGCCAGCGUCAUCAUUGCUUUGACCGAUGGGGAACUCCAUGAAGACCUCUUUUUCUAUUCAGAGAGGGAGGCUAACAGAUCCCGAGAUCUUGGUGCAAUUGUUUACUGUGUCGGUGUGAAGGAUUUCAAUGAAACACAGCUGGCCCGGAUUGCAGACAGUAAGGACCAUGUGUUUCCUGUAAAUGACGGCUUUCAGGCUCUGCAAGGCAUCAUCCACUCGAUUUUGAAGAAGUCCUGCAUCGAAAUUUUAGCAGCUGAACCAUCCACCAUAUGUGCUGGAGAAUCAUUCCAAGUGGUCGUGAGAGGAAACGGCUUCAGGCAUGCCCGAAACGUGGACAGGGUCCUCUGCAGCUUCAAGAUCAACGAGUCAGUCACGCUCAAUGAGAAGCCCUUCACUGUGGAAGAUACUUAUUUGCUGUGUCCAGCACCUAUCUUAAAAGAAGUUGGCAUGAAAGCAGCGCUUCAGGUCAGCAUGAACGAUGGUCUCUCUUUCAUCUCCAGUUCUGUCAUCAUCACCACCACACGCUGUUCGGAUGGCUCCAUCCUGGCAAUUGCCCUGCUGAUCCUGUUCCUGCUCCUGGCCCUGGCUCUCCUCUGGUGGUUCUGGCCCCUCUGCUGCACCGUGAUUAUCAAGGAGGUCCCUCCACCCCCUGCUGAGGAGAGUGAGGAAGAAGAUGACGAUGGUCUGCCCAAAAAAAAGUGGCCUACUGUAGAUGCCUCUUACUACGGUGGGCGAGGCGUUGGAGGCAUUAAAAGGAUGGAGGUUCGCUGGGGAGAAAAGGGUUCCACAGAAGAAGGUGCUAAGUUGGAAAAAGCAAAGAAUGCGAGAGUCAAGAUGCCAGAGCAGGAGUACGAAUUCCCCGAACCUCGAAAUCUCAACAACAACAUGCGUCGGCCCUCUUCCCCCCGGAAGUGGUACUCGCCAAUCAAGGGAAAACUGGAUGCCUUGUGGGUCCUACUAAGGAAAGGAUAUGAUCGUGUGUCUGUGAUGCGUCCACAGCCAGGAGACACGGGGCGCUGUAUCAACUUCACCAGAGUCAAGAACAAUCAGCCCGCCAAGUACCCCCUCAACAACGCCUACCACACCACCUCGCCGCCUCCUGCCCCCAUUUACACGCCCCCACCCCCUGCUCCCCACUGCCCUCCCCCACCCCCCAGUGCUCCCACCCCUCCAAUUCCAUCCCCACCUUCUACCCUUCCCCCUCCUCCUCAAGCUCCACCUCCCAACAGGGCGCCACCCCCCUCCCGACCUCCUCCCAGGCCUUCUGUCUAGAACCCAAAGUUCAUGCUCUGGGCUCUUAGAAACUUUGGGGAGGAGGCUCCUCUGUGGUGUUAGAAUAAGUCUUUCCAGUUAGGGGAGGCUUCUGCUUUGGAAAUGAGUGGUGAUAAAGCCCACUGAUCUUCACACACCUUAAAAAUUGGUUUGUAAUGCCAAUACAUCGACAAUUGUGAUCAGCAGAAAGAAAGAGAAAUUUUGAAAUGCCUCUAAACAAAUGAUGAGGCAACUACAGUCACAAUUAUAGCCAGCCAGCCAUCACCUCUAGAAGGUUCCAGAGACAGUGAAACUGCUGAGAUGCUCUAAAUGGGAUUGUGUCUCAUGGAGACCAAUAAGAAAAUCAUUUCUCUGAGGGUGAAAUGCAGAGUCGGAUGGAUGAGAAAUAACACUGCUGGGUUUCUAAAUGCUGCCUUCCCUCCUCCACUCCACCUCCAUCACUUGACCCUGGACCCUUGGCCUAGGAACCAAGGAACCCUCGCCCAAGAAAGUGAAAACCCUUUGCCUACAACUUUGGGAAAAGCUUGGGUUCUCCAUUGUGGCAAGAAACUCAACAUCAGACAGGUAUCUGACAGGUAUCUGAACAAAAGCAUGUUCGCCUGGGAUUUGCAGAGGAAUAAAAACAUAUGCCUUAUUUUACUUUCAAAUUCUCCCAGUUUCCAAGUGAGGGAGAGAGCAGGUGUUUACAGAUGGAAAAAGGUAUGUUGCCACGUUGCUGUGUAAGUGAAAUCAGGUGUGUGCAUUGACAGGAGAGUACUGAUGAGAGCAUCAGACAGUUUCUAAAACCCACAGGCCAUCAGCAGCUAGAGGUGGCUGGCUUUGGCCCGACAUGGUCCGCUAAAUCAACAGACAUGGCAUUGUUGAAGAGCAACCUGUUAAUUAUUCAUCUUAAAAACCAAGAUUUGGCUUCAGUUUAAAUCACUUAAGAUACGAAGAAGUGACUGAUCCCAUUUUUUAGAGACAAACAUGAGUUGAUCUUCCCAAAAUGGUGUCACUAGCGCCUACCAUACAAUUUUGCUGGGUUUUUUUUUUUCUUUCUUUUUUGGUAAAGUUGUGUACCAGAGACUUCUAUUCCAGCUGAGAGACAAGGGUCCUAACAUAAUAUGGAAACCAUCCCCACAUGCUUUAAUUAACCACCAAAAAAGUCAUGUAUGUGUAGAUGUAAAUAUAUUUCUCCUUGGCUUUUCAACAUUCUCAUAAAUAUCAGCUAUCAACCCAGGAGGAAUACACUAGAUGUUCUGCCUGAAAUUCCCACCAGGCCUGGGAUCCACCCCAUUCCUCCAAGUCUUUCUGAAUCUGUUGUCAUAAGUAAAUCCUAUAAUCACUUUGUAAACAUUGGGCUUCAUCAACCAGGGUAAAAACAGAGGGCCAUUGUUGAGCACCUCCUAUACAAUCCUAUUCAAAAUUAUCUUCCCCUCCAGCUUCCCACAGGUCUUAAAAUUCCUCUCCCAAAGUGCUCAAAGACUUAAAUCUUUUCUGGAACAAAGCAGAAUAUAAAAUAAAUAUGAACCUAGCACUUUGGGUUAUGGUCUCCAAAGAUCCUUUAAGAACCCAUCAAGCCAGCCUGAUUCUUGGACCGUACUUAGAGACAUAAGGACCUGGUAGGCAUUCCAUAAACACCAGUUCUUGUAGACAUUGUAGAUAUGGCAGACAUUACUUAUCAAUCACAGCACUAUCCAUGAAGCCCAACAAUUUCUUCAACAGUCCUCAGAUCACAACUACAAAGAGCCUCCAUUCAUCAGUCAGAAUUGAGAGAGAGAUGAGCCCUAUUUUCCAUCCCUGCUUUAGAAAUCAGAAACAAACAGGAAUUGCAUGGAGAAAUGGGGAACUCUUGGGCAGCAAAGGUACAGUUGGGGGAAAAUAGAUCUAGGCAGAGUGCCUUAUUGGGGGGCCAUACGCACUAAAUCUGCAGUGCCAAUGCCAAACUGACACUUCUCCAAGUGUACUUCAGACCAGCCCUUCUCCUGACCUGCCACUUCCGAAGAAUCUCCCAGCCAUCGUCUAGAGCGAAAAUCAGAUAUGGUUUCCAGGACUUAUGAAAGCAACCUCCCUUUGGCACCCCCUCAACCUGGCCUAUAUUAUCUAUUUUUAGAACACUAGGCUUCUUCUUUAGUAUAGUCCCUCAUGAAGCAGGGGCCAGAAUGUCUCAGCCACUUGCAGUGACAUUGCUGGACUCCAGAAAACCAUUCCAUAGGAGAAUGGGUUCCCCAGGCUCACAGCGUAGAGACGUUGAGCCCAUGGCAACUGUUUUGACUGCUGGCAGUACAAAACGGUCCACCCCCCACCACUAGCCCCAUGACUCACUGCGGCCAUAAGAAAGUUCAAGCCAAGAUGCUGACGUCAUACAACAAGAUGGCGGGCAUCAUUCAGGAUCUCAACAGCACAUCAGUCAGAAGCCCUGUGCAGUUUCCACAAUGUUUUGGUGAACUUUUUGAUGAAUAGGGAACUGCAAAUAUAUGAUGAUUUUGAAGAGGAUUAGCAGGGUUUGUCCUUCAAACUGACUCAUCAUGUCAUCCCUACUCAUUUAGAAUUACAGUUAAGAAGGUGAAACUUCUAGACUGUAUGAACAAGGCAAUAGUAGGCUAGUACAGACAAGAAAAUUCUUUAACUGGUUUAUAAAAUCUAUCAGUACUUGUGUCAUUCCCUGUCAAAGGCAGCAGACAUAUGAUUGUGAUCAGACAAGAAAAUUCUUUAACUGGUUUAUAAAAUCUAUCAGUACUUGUAUCAUUCCCUGUCAAAGGCAGCAGACAUAUGAUUGUGAUCAGGAAACUGCACAAAACUAUUGUUUCAACCCCCAUGUUAUUGUCCUUGUGAAGUUUUUUUUUUUAAUAAAAGCCAACUUUUUGUUGUAUAUAUUCGUAUUCCAUGUGUUAGAUGGAAGCAUUUCCUAUCCAGUGUGAAUAAAAAAGAACAGUUGUAGUAAAUUAUUAUAAAGCCAAUGAUAUUUCAUGGCAGGUUAUUCUACCAAGCUGUGCUUGUUGGUUUUUCCCAUGACUGUAUUGCUUUUUGAAAUGUACAAAUAGUUACCGAAAUGACGAGACCCUUGUUUGCACAGCAUUAAUAAGGACCUUGAGUUUCGUGGUCCCCUCUUUUGAAGACCAGCUCACAAGCAGUUUCUGGCCUGGAGCUUUGCACGUAUUCCAGUGAGACUGGAAAAGUUCUCUGUUUUACCAAGAUCAAGAACAGAGCUGGUGGACAAAUUAAUUAAUAGUCUUGGAUAUCUGGCCAUGGGUAACUUCACUGUAAAUAUCACUAAAAUGGGCAGAGAUGAUUUUAAUGUCUCAUAAACACUAGAGUCCAAACACUGUCAGAUGAGAAAAAAACCUAUCAAAGAACUAGGAAAAAAAUAAUAAUUAUUAUGAGAUAGUGAGCAAGUUUCAGCCCAAUGCCAACUCAAUAAAAACAAUUAAUGCUGUGUAAAAUGGGUUGAAUUAGCUUGCAAACUAUAUAAAGAUAUAUGCAGUGAAACACCUGUUAAUGCACACAAGAUGGGAAUGAGGUGUUCUAGUCAAUUGCCUUUUCUAGUUAUCUGAGCUCUACUAUAUUAUCAUACUUGGAUAACCAAUUUAAAACAAUUAGAAUAUGAUUUUUUUAAAUACACUUAACAUUAAACUCUUCCUCUAAUUCUUUCUCCUUUCUGUGAUAAUUCAGAACACAGUUAUGGAUCUCCAGUGAGUCAUUGUUAUAAAAAAUGAGUUAUCACUGUACUAUGCUAUAAGAGACUGGGCUAACCCUGCACAAUGACAAACUCUGGAAGUUGCUUUUAAAAAAAGUAAUAAUAACAAUAAAAUACUAAAAUCA